GAUCUCUUUCUGCUCAGAAGAAGUGAAUCUGUUCUUUAGUCUCUGGCAGCAGCUGAAAUGGCACAGCAAGAAAUUAAAGUGGACAGAGAAAGAUUCUGCUGUUCUAUCUGUGUGGAUCUACUGAAGGAUCCGGUGACUACUGGCUGUGGACACAGCUACUGUAAGAGCUGUAUUAACACCCACUGGGACAAUGGGGAGGAGAGAGGAAGCUACAGCUGCCCUCAGUGUAAACAGACCUUCACACCGAGGCCUGUCCUGGGGACAAACACCAUGUUAUCUGAUAUAGUGGAGGAGCUGAAGAAGACUGGACUCCAAGCUGCUCCUGCUGAUCACUGCUAUGCUGGACCUGAAGAUGUGGCCUGUGAUUCCUGCACUGGGAGAAAACGGAAAGCUCGUAAGUCCUGUUUGGAUUGUUUGGUCUCUUAUUGUGAGAAACACCUCCAGCCUCAUCUUCAGUCAUCUCCAUUUAAGAAGCACAAGCUGGUGGAGCUGGAGAAGCUCCAGGAGAACAUCUGCUCUCGUCACGACGAGGUGAUGAAGAUGUUCUGCCGCACUGAUCAGCAGUGUAUCUGUUAUCUCUGCUCUGUGGAUGAACAUAAAGACCACGACACAGUGUCAGCUGCAGCAGAAAGGACUGAGAGGCAGAGAGAGCUCGGGCUGAGGAGACAAACAAUCCAGCAGAGAGUCCAGGACACAGAGAAAGAUGUGAAGCUGCUUCAACAGGAGGAGGAGGCCCUCAACGGCUCUGCUGAUAAAGCAGUGGAGGACAGUGAGAAGAUCUUCACUGAGCUGAUCCAUCUGCUGGAGAAAAUAAGUUCUGAUGUGAAGCAGCAGAUCAGAUCCCAGCAGGAAACUGAAGAGAGUCGAGUCAGAGAGCUUUUGGAGAGACUGGAGCAGGAGAUCACUGAGCUGAAGAGGAAAGACCAUGAACUAAAGCAGCUCGCAGACACAGAGGACCACAACCAGUUUCUACACAACUACCUCUCACUGUCACCACUCAGUGGAUCUACACACUCAUCCAGCAUCAGGAUCCGUCCUCUGAGGUACUUUGAGGACGUGACAGCAGCUGUGUCAAAGUUCAGAGGUCGACUACAGACAGAGAUUUUACAGAUUGUGUCUCAAGUGGAAGUUUUACUGCCACAACCAGAGCCCAAGACCAGAGCUGACUUCUUAAGAUAUUCACAGGAAAUCACACUGGAUCCAAACACAGCAAACAAACAUCUGUUAUUAUCUGAGGGAGACAGAAAAGUAAAACGUAUGAGAGAAGAACAGUCAUAUUCUGAUCACCCAGACAGAUUCACAUAUCAUUAUCAGGUCCUGAGUAAAGAGAUUCUGACUGGACGUUCUUACUGGGAGGUGGAGGUGGAGGUGGGGGUGAUGAGAAGAGCAGUUGGUGUAAUGGUCACAACCAAGAAUAUCAGCAGAGGAGAAGAACCAAAAAGUAUAUUUGGACUAAAUUAUGAAUAUUGGAUGUUAGCUUGUGAUCGAGAGGGAUAUUUCAUUCAUCACAACAGAAUCGGGCGUCCAGCGCCAGGUCCUGUGUCCUCCAGAGUCGGAGUGUACUUGGAUCACAGUGCAGGUGUUCUGUCCUUCUACAGCGUCUCUGACACCAUGACUCUCCUCCACAGAAUCAAGACCAAAGUCACUGAGCCUCUCUAUGCUGGAGUUAGGGUUUGUUAUUUUAAAGACACAGCUGAGUUCUGUAAACUCAAAUAGACUUGAAUCAUUAAAAGCAGUGAUUCAGAUCCUGUGUUUAAAUCUUUAACUUUUUUGUUCCAUGUUUGUUGAUCAAAGUCUGUUGUGGUGAUGUUUCUGCUCCGCACAGAGAUCAGCUGUCAAUCAAACACUGACCUUCCUUUAUCACACAUAUUUAGUUCUCACUUUGUAAAGACAGAAAUCUAUAAUUACACUGACAUGAAUGUGUUUGAAAUAACUAAUGUUGCUGUUGUUUUGAUUUUCUGAUUAUUUCUUCUUUUCUUUUCCACAUGUGAGAUGGAGGUGAAACAAACUGAUUGUGUGUCCAUGAACUCACUGAACAAGAGUCACUGAACAGACUUUACUGAUGAAAUGAUCAAUGUCUUCCGAGCGUCAACAUGUCCAAUAGAUCAACUACACUUUAUUUCAGGCAUUAAUAUGUUUAUUAAUCUAAUUAAUACAUUGUAACAGUAGUAAAGUGUAAUGUACCUUCAAGACCUUCUGUGUUGUCCAGAUACCAAAGACCAUUAUAACCUUAAGUCAUUUGUAAAGCAUGGACCGUGCAGGAGUACUCCAAACUCAUGAGUGACUGUUCAGGUGCCAGUGGCCUCUGAUGGAUUCAUGUAUGACAGGAUAGUCUCCGUUCAGUCGGGCAUUAACGUUGGAGCGUAUGUUAGCAACAAAACGAGGGUCGUAGGAAACGUCCAUCUACUGUGUGUAUGAGUGUCUGCUGGUCAACAUGUUCCACGUGCUCCACCUCCAUCCACACAGACCCUGAACUGAAGAUAAAUCACUAAUCAUUGUAUUAAUCCACCUGUGGGUGUGAGAGGAUAACGUUGGGGGUCGGUGUCCGAAUAUUACACAUGUCAUAACUUUAGAUUUAAUGGAUAAUAUCAUAAACAUAUUGAGGAUUGCUUUGUAUUUCAUUUGUUUUGAGUUCAUCAUUAAGGAUUUAAAUCCCUUUCCUUUAUUGUUUUUGUUUUCAUUUUAAUUUU